AAACGUUGUUCAUGUGGGCUACAGUACUGAGUAAGCUAUUGUCUAUUUAAAUGUCCAAUACGGUUCCAUGAUCACUUACUACUUCAUCUCUUCUCUUUGUUAAAAGAUGGGUUUAACAGAGAAAACUCUCUACCACCAACUCCACAGUGUUCAAAACGUUGCUCAAAGGGUGCAUGACACAAAGGUUCAUCAAGGUGACUGGCAUGACAUCGGUUCUGUUAAGAUCUGGACUAUUACUAUCGAUGGAAAAGUAGAAACAUGUAAGGAGAACAUUGAAGUUAUUGAUGAGCAGAGUAAGUUAAUAACAUUCAACGUAUUCGAUGGCGAGAUAAGUAAGAAAUAUAAGACCUUCAAGAUCACCCUACAAGUGAUUGAUGUGGAGAAUGCUGGUGGCGUUGUUAAAUGGACUUUGGAGUAUGAGAAGCUCACCACCAUAUGGAUACUUGGACUUUGUAUGGUUUUAACAGGUAAAGUUGUCCAUGAAUUUGGUAUUCAAAGUCCUUCUGACAAGUUCUUCAAAGUUUACACCACCCAACUCCACAGUGUUCAAAACGUUGCUCAAAGGGUGCAUGAGACAAAGGUUCAUGAAGGUGACUGGCAUGACAUUGGUUCUGUUAAGAUCUGGACUAUUACUAUCGAUGGUAAAGUAGAAACAUGUAAGGAGAACAUUGAAGUUAUUGAUGAGCAGAGUAAGUUAAUAACAUUCAAUGUAUUCGAUGGCGAGGUAAGUAAGAAAUAUAAGACCUUCAAGUUCACCCUACAAGUGAUUGAUGUGGAGAAUGCUGGUGGCGUUCUUAAAUUGACUUUGGAGUAUGAGAAGCUCAGUGAAGAUAUUACACCACCAUAUGGAUACUUGGACUUUGUAACUGAGGCUGCAAAGGAUGUUGAUGCUCAUCUUCUAAAGGCUUAGCGUUGUGCACAUGCAAGAAAUAAAAUAAAUAAAUAAAAGAGUGUGACUAUGGCAUGAUGAUAAGCACUUGAUAAUGAUAGAAUAGGAUAUUAUUUAUUCUCUUUGUAAUUACGCCUGUAAUUAAGGUUUCAUAUUUAUUGUUAGUCAACUAGGUAAGUUGUAUAUAUAGGGUAUUUCAUUAUCAAUAACAGUCACGGAAUUGAUUUCCUUCA